ACCACGAAGCCAAAGGUCGGUGGGAGCGCAUGAGCAGCACCGGCGAACAGAACGGAAUGAUAACCCCGGGCGGGUGGGCAGACACAGGUGUCCUCUCGCCCGCGCCCGAUUAUUCUGCACUAUGCACACUGCCCACAGGUCCAAGCGGGCCAGCGACGACGAGCUCCUGAAGCUGCUUUCCAAGCACAUCCGCACGACCCUGUUUGCCGAGAAUCCACUGCCAGCCGCACUCGAGGGCAUUGCUAUCCUCGACCAGCUGGUCGGCAACCUGAUCAGGUUCCCCGCCGAGGACAAGUACCGGCUGAUCCGUCUGCGAAACAAAAGGCUUGCAGGGUCGCUCUUCAACCUCACCGGGUCGGUCGACUGCUUGGUCAUGCUGGGCUUCCUCGUGCGGGUUCGCGAGUUUGAAGAAGUUUUGGAAUACUCGCACGCUUUGGACGAUGCCACCCUGGCUUUUCUGCUCAAGUUCCAGCAAGACCUGGAAAAGCUGCGAAGCGAAGCCACACUGGACUACCAACAGCAGACCCGUCGUGCUGCCAAGGCGAGAGAGCAAGUCGAGAGUCGAAGGGAUAUCGUUCUGCAGCAGAUCGAGGAUGACCGAACUCGGGUGCGGGACCGAAGUCAGAUGCUCCGCCAAAACCGGGUUGCCAACUCUAUCGCUCAAAACGAGCCGACAACGCAAAGGCCAUCAUGAAAGAUGGAAAGCUCGCGCUGCUCUCCGCCCGGCAUCCAUGCGAGGAGUCUGGAAAGCAGGAUGGCUCGAGCUCAUGGCAAUGAGUGGAAUGCUCAUCCCACUGGCCAGGCACCGACUCCCAAACGCUGCAACGUAUCAUCCAAACGACCAGGGACUGUCGGUACUUUCCGGACCUGAAUGCACAUCGUCCAUCCGCCCCCACCAUCGCCAAACAGUGUGUCCCAAAGAGACUGGAGGAGGAGCAAUUCGAGUUACCCGGGCCACCCGAGUGUCUUGAAAUCGAGAAGCCAUGGAGCUGUCCAGGUGGUCCAAUACAUGCCCCACGUUCCCACAU